GUUGCUGGCAUGCCUCCAUCAGUCGAGAGAAGAGUGUGGUCCCGUUAGCAUCGUGCAGUGUGUUUCGUCGGUUGGAUGCGCGUUUUAGUUCCCUGCUUUUGGGGCUGCUCUAUAGACUCACAGCAAAGUGAUCAAGAAGAGGGGUCGUGUGUAGGUGGUGCAAAACUGGAUGUACUUUUUUUGUGAGCGAACAUUUUCCACUAGACUGAACCCGGGAACCGUUUUACCGAAAUAAGCCGAAAAAGGUGCGUGUGGUGCAGUGGCAAUAGUUGACCAAAGUAGGACAGGUAUACUUUUAUCGGGUCGGAUCCUUUCCUUUUUCUGUUGGGCGAAUUCGAGCCCCCAUUAUUCGGUUGGAUCCGCCACAGUAGAAGUGUUGUUUAGGACCAGGAUUGUAGACGAAAAUAGAUUAUUCUGGGCAAACUAUUAGUUUUGUAUGCACGAAAAUAAGUCAAAAGUCACAUACAGUUUGUAGUAAAUAUGAAUAUAUAGUAAUUAGCAGUGAGUUGUGCAGUGUUGUUUAACGGAAGAAGAAUUGAAUACGAAGUAAAAUAGAAAAGUGCAAAAAAGCAAAUUGUGUGUGAAGAUUUUUACGAUAGCAAAGAUAUCGGAGGCUGAGAUCAAUUUGGACUAUUCAUCGACUUGCUGGUACAGUGUGUUUGUGUAUUUGUGGCUGUGUACUGUAGUGUUGUUUAUGCGCCGUGAGAGGAUACAAUCGUUGCAAAGCAGUCGUACCGAAGCUGAAAAGGAUUUGCGGAAACACAAACACCAAUAAACAGCCAGCAUAAAAGUUAUUUUACGACAACGUAGCAGCAGCAGGCAGGCAGGAAGGAAAAGGUGACUUGGAUUAUGUCUACAACAUUGCGCCACUGACAUCAACAACAGCACCAGAAGCAGCAGCAAACAGUACUGCAAAAUUAGAACCGACAGGAGCCAAACAACCAAGAUAGUUGCAUCGGAGACCCUCCCACCAGCUGGCCAACGGCACCGCACCGAGACGAAGAGCGAUACUCAAAAAUGGCAGUUAAAAACGACCUCUUGAGAAUAGAUUUGCUUUUUUGUCGCCAGCAGCCACAGGAACGACACUACCAGUAGAAUUGCGGUGGUAAAAACUGGAAUUUGUUUCCGUGUCCGCCGAGCAAUUUUGCGGUACACGUCGGAAGAAUACGAAGAAAAAAGGAAAAGUGUCAACCCGGAACUUUGAUCUCCCUUGUCGUCUUGGCUGUGGUUGUGACUUGUUUUCUCAAGAGCCAUUCAGCGGCGGCAACUCAUGCAAAAAACUAUCUUUAGCAAUCGUAAGAUUCUCCCCUUUAAAUGCGGCGUUCUUUAAAGGUAGCAAAAUGCCACAGAAAGUGAAAAACAAAGACAAAGGUGGGAAAUAAUUAAUUCCUAGGAAAAGUCGACUAGCGGUAGCGGCCUUCUGCGCUGGCUUGCUAUUCACCAAAAAGGGUUUCCAAUUAUCUAGAUGACUGUAUUACCGUUGAUCUCAUUCGCAUCAGCGCAUUCCUAGAAGAACUCUCCGUCAACUUUACAACGGCUAUCGCAAAACACUAACGCAUCAAGAAAUCCACAAAUCAUCUUAACAAUAACAAGCGCAACUGCAGCAUUUAACUCGUGCCAAGAAAGUCGAGAAAUUAACUCUAAGCGAAAAAUUCGUUAUUAUAGUGGGUAUGAUCCCGUAGGACAGCGAAACAACAAGGAACGGAACGCACAUAUCCGAUCCCCCGAAAAGUAACAAUAAACACAAGGACAGAUUCACUGGUGCCUGGAGCCGGAAGCCAACAAUAUCUUUGAAAUCAUUACCAAAGGCCGCAGGCGCAAAUACGUACGUUUUAGUGUGUUUACACAAGAGUAGCACAACCAACCACGGCCCCCUUUUUAAACGGCGCCAUAGGGGUCAAAAUUAGUUCCCUUUCGAAUCAAGUUUUAGCACGUUAGUAGCGAAUUUUAACACACAGCAGCGAAAAGAUGGGUAACAAAUGCUGCAGUAAACGUCAGGAUCAGGAACUGGCCCUCAGCUAUCCGGGUGGGUACAAGAAAGGCGAGAGCUCUUUCACAUCCAACCUGUCCGGGCCGAAGCACAACAAUGGUGGCGGCGGCUCGCUAGACUCCCGCUAUACUCCGGAUCCGAACCGGGGACAGCUCGUCAAGCAUCCCAAAGGCGGAGUGGACAUCAUCCGGCCGAGGACGACACAACUUCUACCCGGCCACAGCACCCGGCGGAUAGUGGUGGCCUUGUACAACUACAAUGCCCGCGAGGAAACGGAUGUCAGCUUCGUCAAGGGCGACCGGAUGGAGGUGCUGGACGACACCGAGUCCGACUGGUGGCGCGUGGUUCACCUCAAAACACGCCAGGAGGGUCUCAUCCCGUGGAACUUUGUCGCCGAGGACCGAAGCGUCAACAGCGAAGACUGGUUUUUCGAGAACGUUUCGCGAAAGGAAGCCGACAAGUUACUGCUGGCGGCGGAAAAUCCCCGAGGCACCUUCCUGGUGCGACCGUCGGAGCACAAUCCGAACGGGUUUUCGCUAUCGGUUAAAGACUGGGAGGAAACCAGAGGCUAUCAUGUGAAGCACUACAAAAUCAAACCGCUAGAUAAUGGAGGUUACUAUAUCGCAACGAAUCAAACGUUCCCCUCGCUACCGGCGCUUGUGAUGGCGUAUUCCAAAAACGCCCUCGGUUUGUGCCAUGUGUUGUCGAGUCCCUGCCCGAAACCGCAACCACAGGUGUGGGAUCUUGGUCCGGAACUUCGAGACAAGUGGGAAAUCAAUCGGAACGAAAUUCAGUUAAUUCGCAAAUUAGGACACGGCAACUUCGGCGAGGUGUACUACGGCAAGUGGCGUAAUAACAUCGAAGUUGCGGUCAAAACUCUACGCGAGGGUACCAUGUCGACGCAAGCUUUCCUCCAGGAGGCGGCGAUUAUGAAGAAAUUCCGUCACAGUAGGCUAGUCGCGUUGUACGCAGUCUGUUCCAAAGAAGAACCGAUCUACAUCGUCCAGGAAUACAUGUCCAAGGGAAGUUUGCUGGACUACCUGCGAACAGGGGAUGGUCAAUUUUUGCAGUUCGAGGAUCUGAUCUACAUCGCAGCCCAGGUUGCUUCCGGUAUGGAAUACUUAGAACUGAAACAGUUAAUACACAGGGAUCUAGCCGCUCGUAACGUACUGAUUGGGGAGAAUAAUGUAGCAAAGAUCUGUGAUUUCGGACUGGCCCGGGUGAUAGCGGACGACGAAUAUUGUCCGAAGCAGGGCUCCCGGUUCCCGGUCAAAUGGACCGCCCCGGAGGCUAUCGUGUACGGUAAAUUCUCUAUCAAGUCGGACGUCUGGUCCUACGGUAUCCUGCUGAUGGAGCUGUUCACGUACGGCCAGGUACCGUACCCGGGAAUGCACAGCCGCGAAGUGAUCGAACAGAUCGAACGGGGCUACCGAAUGCCAAAGCCAACGAAUCAUCACCUGCCGGACGACAUCUACAGUCUGAUGCUCAAGUGCUGGGACGCGAUACCGGAGAAGCGUCCGACGUUCGAGUUCUUGAAUCACUAUUUCCAGAACUUUACCGUCACCUCAGAGGUGCCCUAUCGAGAGGUGCAAGACUAAGCAGCUAAACAAGUCUGAGACGGUUAGAGAUUUAGAAAGGAGGGCGGUAAGGGUUAACGAAUGGGAAUCGCGAGCGGGUGUCCUACUACACUAGUAAACUUAACUACUGAAUUACACUCACAAACACAUAUACAUAUACAUAUACAUAUAAAGACAAGAUGGGUGAGCAUCUCGUGUAGAAAUAAUCAUCCACUCACAACAUAUACAUACACCAUCACACUUACACACACAUACAUCAACAUCGCUUUACGUUGCAAUUGUAAUCGUAUAAUUAGAUCGACAAAGCUGUGUUUUAAUCGGUAGGCUAGAGGGCUGAGUCAAUGAAUCGAGAGUUUCGGUUUUAGCGAAGGUACCGAAAAUUAGCAAAACGGUACAAUUACAUCACUUUACCAAUCGUGCAUCUAUAUGCUAAGGUAGCUAUCGUGGGGUGGGGCUCGGAGUAGGUGUGCAGUUUUCAGUAGGAAAACUGCCGUUGUAGGUAUUAGCAGUCAGUAAGUAGGUUUGGUUUGAACUAAAAAAAAAACACGAGUACCAAAUUUCAUCAGGCUGUUGUGGUUUUUUUCUUCCCUUUUUCUGCACCGUUUUUUUUUUUCUAAAAGUUACUCACGGAACGUGUAAUCACCUAUUGAGAGCUCUAGUACUUCUAAAUAAUUAUCAUGUUUAGUUGAGGGGUACUUUCAGCAGGAUUUUUAUGCAAUAGAAAAUCCUCACUAGUAAAAAAGUCAAUCACAGUUAUAAUAAGCUUUUUUACUUAUUUUCGAGGCACUAACUUUGCAAAUUAGUUUUGUUUGCAGCUCCGUAGGAAAGGUUGGAUAAUUUGUACCUACCUACUGGAAAGCUCCCAAUAUCGCGAAAAAAACAAUCAAUAUUAACGCGGUUACCAACUCUCCCCUACGCAUGCGAGGAAACGUCAAAGAACCAACGGUUGGUUCCCAAAGGAGGCGAUGUUGGGUACGCUGUUUCAAUAGGCGAUCUGACAGCCACUUCUACUCCCUGAAGAAAUUAGAAGAGAAUGAUUAUUGUUCUACUUUCAAACAAGUAGGCGUUUUUGACAUGUAAAUCAAACCUAACAUCCAACAAAGUUUAAUUCAGAACUCAAUAAUAUCAAAAGUGGUGUUUAUUUUCUACACUUUUACCUGCAAACAGUGAUUCAUACAUAGUUGAAAAUGCCCGGCAGUGUUGCUUUUACCUUUUUUGUGUUGAAAUUUUUGGUAUGAAGUUUUUUGAUUUCUUCUACUGGUGGAUAUAGUUUCAAAUGAAUUAUCGAUUAUCCGUUUAGCAAGUUAAUUCUGGGUUCGAAACAAACUCGUGAGCUGUCAUCAAGCAUGAUACAUUUACUUUUCACAGAAAAAUGGUCUUCAUAGAGCAUUCGCACGCGAUAAGCUUAACACGUAUUCUCUUCUCAUUGAUGCAGCAUAACUUCAACUACGUACGCGAGAGUGAUGAGAAAAACAAGACGUGAAGUGCGGCAGACUUUUAGAUUUAGAGUAGCGCGAAAUAAAAACUAUGAGCAAGGAGAAAACCUGUACUAGUCGUCAACACACACACACACACAGAAUUUAUUCGUCAGCGCAGUGAGACCUUUUGUAAUAUAGUUUUCCCGUUUAGUAGUGGAAACAAGCAUCUAUUUAGUCAAAUUAUCCCUCUCUUCGGCAGGCAACAAAUGCAAAACAAACCAGUUAGGAAGUGCGUCUCAGACGCAAAAUCACGAACAAGUACCACAAACUGCCAUUUUUACAUUUAUCCACUUCUUAAUUAGUCUAAAACGUCUCUUUUUUCAUAUUAUAUAUAAAUUUUAGAUUGUAUCCUCGGUCUUAUCGAAGGAAUGUGAAAAAGAUCAAGCUUACCUUUUUAGAGGGAGGUACUAAGGAAUCGUGAUUACAGUCAGGAUUUCGCUGCAAAAGAGGAUCUUAUAUCUCAAUAUUUUCUUUCUCCUAUUCGUUCGCUGUGACUUGUGAGACGAGUGGUGACCAAAUGGCAACCGUCCAGUCUAGCACAACAAGCUAUAUUCUGCGAACUGUAUCUUGAUUAUUUUAAGUAAAAAUGAAUAAAAGAAUGCUGCAAAAGAAAAAGAGGUGAUGUAGUAGAAUGCUAUGCCUGCAUUGGAAGAAUAAAUUAAAUUAUACAUAAGUAACCGAAGCAACUGAAGAAUCACUUUUACGACUAUUUAUAUUUAUAUAAAUUAAGUUACUGAACAUAUAAUUAGACAUACCUACCAAUUUACCUUUAUCGUUCGGUUUCGACUAAAAAACCUAUAAAGACGAAAGUGAACAAAAUGCAUUCAAAUUUUAUCUGCGUACGAAAAACAAAAACCUAAUCAUCAAACUGGAAGUCACAACUUUUACUCUCUAAUCUAUAUCUCUCAACCUAUCGAAAUCUAGAAAAGUGUACAUUGGAAAGAGGUAAUCUCGAACGCGAGAAGAAAACUAACAAGAAAGUGCGUUUCUGUCCAACUAAAGUAACAAAACAAAAAUGACAAUUACCAACACAAUACGGGGAUUAAAACCUCCACCUUUCAUCGAAGGCCGAUCCCUCGCACCAGGAAGGAAAACAUGGAACUACCACUAGCUACAGCAUAAAAACAAUUUUAAUACCUUUCCAUUCCAUAGAUACAACGCAACAAUACAUGAAAUUUAAAACAAAAAAAAAAGAUACAGAAUAAAUUUUUAACCCUGCGGACACAAGAAGAAGAAGACGUUUACAAUCGAAUCAAUUUUUACAAGCCAAAAUGUGCUAAGAAAAUUUUAUACACUCUAGCAAACGCUACCCAAUCUAAAUACAUACCCCAGAAAAAAAUAAUUACUAAAAGCACACUCCACAGCCCGUUGCAAUCAGUCAAAGAUGUUGUUAGUUUUUUUUUUGUUCAACGUUUUUCGUCUCAUCGUUUGGAAUAGAAAGGUUCGGCCAUAUAUACCUAGGGAAUGCGACCGACCGAAGGCAUAAGAGCAUGGACAUAUUCGAGCGUGCGCAACAAGUGACCGUAUUUUAGUGUUUUUAGAUACCCUCCAAGCGAUGUGAGCGAAAACUAUGCUAACCAGAAGGACAUGCGAACGAAGAGUACAGCGCAAAGACUUGAGCUAACAACCGCAGAGCAUGUCAAUACUAACGAGUAACAACAGAACAAGUAUAUAAUUCAUAAGCUCUAUUCGUAUAAGGCAAGACACAGACACACACACACAGAAAAUGACACAUACAAGCAAGUGGUAAAAACCAAUUCUAUGUUUAGUGGUUUGUUGUAUGAUAAACAAAAAAUAAUAAAAUGGAAAAACUUUGACAAAACAUUGGCCCCAUUGUGGAUUA